UUGAAAACAAAAUCCUCUAGAUACAAUACAAUUUUGACAUUUGAUUUUAGGCUAAUUUUUAGAUCUACAUUUCUCAAAUAAAAUUUCUAAUGCCGUCUCAUUAUCAUAUAAUGGUUGAUUUAUGAUAAUAAAAUGCAAGUGUAAGAACACUUCAGUUAGAGGAUAAAUUACAGUGUACAAAUGGGUCCAUAAUUAUAUUUAAGAAAAAGGUGUGUCUUUUGCACUUCUUUUCGAGAUACCAGUCUUUUUAAGGAACAAUACAUGCCAGCUUUCAUGGAUAUUAUCAUGCCACCACUGAAAAGCUCGACCUGUUUAACCGACAUGACUUCCAUGCAGAAUAAUAACUACAUACCCGUAUCGAACACGAACUCGCAAAAAAAUAUAAACUACAACUGCUGCAAUUACGUGGCGAAACUUUUAGCUAAUUUAAAUAUAUUGAGAUUAAACUCCAGACUUUGCGAUGUAGAAAUUGUAGCCGGCGGCGAAGUGAUUAAGGCACAUCGCGCCGUGCUUGCUGCGAGCAGUCCGUAUUUUAACGCAAUGUUCACAGGCGACCUGUGCGAAAAAGAUCAAAGGUCCGUCGAACUGCACGCCAUUUCCCCGCACGUACUUACGACGUUAAUCGACUUUGUCUACUCUGGCGAAAUAGAGAUCAAUCAAAACAAUGUGCAGGAACUCAUGAUAGCUGCCGACAUGUUAGAAUUAGACGAUGUCGUGCUAGGAUGCUCCGAGUAUCUGAUCAAGGAGCUACACGCCGUCAACGCCAUAGGAAUUUAUAGAUUUGCAGAGUUACACAAUUGGAAGAAAUUAAAAAUUGCCGCAUUGCACUUCAUUCAAAGCUACUUUCCGCAAAUUAUCAACGAAGACGAGCUCUACGAACUGCCCAAGGAUCAAAUAAUAAAGUUUUUGUCGUCGGAAAACUUACAAGUUGAUUCGGAAUUUCAAGUCUUUCAAGCCGCCAUAAGGUGGAUCACUCACGAUAUUGUAGAACGUAGGCGUUUUGUUUUCGAAGUAUUGAAAUUUGUGCGAUUGUCUCUUCUUCCAUUAGGUUUAUUGGAGCAUGCUAUUACCGAAUGCAACGAUAGCAGCUUACGUGUCGCUCUUAAAAGUAUUUGCAACGAUUUAGUAUGUAAGAAAGGAUGUUUGGUAGCUUUAAAUGUGUUCCCACGUCUCGGAGCGAAGAAGCACAUAUUUGUGGUGGGCGGUUCCAAAAAGGAGUUAAACAAUUUGACAAGAAGUUUCGAAAGCAGUUACGUGACGAUUGAACGAUAUGAUACAUUUAAAAGCGAAUGGUGUAAAGCACCGAAUAUGACCGUCAGUCGGAUAGUACCGGGCGUGGCUGCGCUAAAUGGUAAUAUUUACGUGGUCGGCGGUGAACACGGAUCGAACAGUUUGGCAUGUGGCGAAAGAUACAAUCUUCAGGAUAACCGUUGGACUCAAAUUGGAAGUAUGAUCGUACCUCGUUGUGAAUUUGGCCUGUGCACAUGGAAUGGGUAUCUGUAUGCGGUCGGCGGCUGGGUUGGGGGAGGUGAAAGGGGUGACAUAGGAGAUUCCAUUGAGAGAUAUAAUCCACAAACAAAUAUGUGGACACUCGUCGGGAAAUUACUUCAGCCCCGCUUUAGUAUGGGGGUUGUUUCGUAUGAAGGUCUCAUUUAUAUGGUUGGGGGAUGUACCGAAUUUCAACGAUUCUCUCAGGAUCUACUAAGCUAUAAUCCCUUAACAGGACAAUGGAAUGCCUUGCAAUCGAUGUCGGUUGCGCGAUCUCAAAUGGGUGUAGCUGUCUUAGACGAUUACUUGUACGUUGUUGGAGGUAAUAACAGAUCGCAGACGCUUACUUCCGUGGAGAGGUAUUCGUUUAAAAAGGGUACCUGGAGUACGAUACCGCCCAUGUCGAUCGGUCGAAGUGGCCCGGCAGUUGCCGCUGUCGAUGGGCUGUUGUAUGUGAUAGGAGGCUACAAAACUUUGGAGAAUCCUUUUUACCGAGCGCAAUUUACGGUAGCCUCAGUGGAAUGUUAUGAUCCUUUUACAAAUACAUGGUCCGAAUGCCCUCCAUUGCCCGAAAGUAGAGCAGAAGCUGGUGCUGUUGUAUUAUGAUAGCGAUUUGAAUUAGCCAUUUUUUAAGUAUUAUUGUGUUGUCGCGAUUCAUUUUUGUCUUUAUUUUACGUUUACUAGUCUUUAAGUUGCAAUAUGUCGUACUGUCGCUAUCAUUUUUUAAAUUUUAUUUAUUAUAAAUUGCUAGUCGCAAGGCAUUUUACCAAAGAUACACCAAUAACUGAUAUUUUAUUAAUCACUUUUUACUUACAGCACUUUUAAUUAUAUUUCCAUGUGUAGCAUAUAGCAUUACUAUGUAAAUGUUGAAACCAAAUACUAAGUUAAUAACUUAAUUUAUUCUUGAAAUAAAAUUGAUAACCGAUUAAUAUAAUUUUUUCAUGUAAAAUGUAUUUGGUAUCAUUUUUUACGAUUUUAUUUUCUAAAUUAAUCGCCAGCAUUUAAAAACUUUUCUAUAUUACUCUGCUCCCUCCUUAACAUUGCCGUAUGAAUCAAAUCCUGACACUUUGUUCUGAUUUUGUUUUCCCCGAGUUCUUACUCUGUAGCGGGUUUUUUUUAAAUUUAAAACGUAACAUGUAUGUGAACAUUGGAAGUCUGCGCAUGCGCGUUGUUUUUUUCUUAUUUGUUAAGACAUCAAGCAUGUGUACACAUAUACUAUAGGAAUAAGCAAGAAAGCAGUAACGCUAAGAUCCAAUGGCGUGCGGUAUUUACUGUUAUGAGUACCUACUCAUCACAGAUAAAAACACACUUUCAAUGCUUUUCUGUUUAUAUAUUUAUAAGAUUUUCUGAUCAGGUCUAAUUACUCUCAAUUUAUUGAUUCACCUUGCCCAGUGCCAUUAGAUUUCAGUUUGUCAAAUGCAGGACAACACAGGUAUUUAUGUAUUCAUUUAAAUUGCGCAUAAUGAUCGUUUAUUAGUCUUCUUAAUUAGUAACUACAUUUUUAACAUGGGGGAAGUUAGGUAUAAUCAUUGAAUUUAUAAGUAUAAUGUUGAUAUGAUCAGUAAU